GUGUACCGCACCCCCUCCCCCGAGCUGGACGCGCUGGUGGCCGGCAGGCUGCGGCCGCCCGGGGACUUCGUGGGGGCCACACGGCGCGCCUUGGGCGCCUUGGACACUGCCCUGAGAGCGCGUGGGGGCCGCCUCGGCCCGCGGGUGCUGAAAACCGUCAAGGGAGGCUCCUCUGGCCGGGGCACAGCUCUCAGGGGUGGCUGUGAUGCUGAACUUGUCAUCUUCCUCGACUGCUUCAAGAGCUAUGAGGACCAGAGGACCCGCCGUGUCGAGAUCCUCUCUGAGAUGCAGGCACUGCUGGAGUCCUGGUGGCAGGACCCAGUCCCUGGCCUGAGCCUUGAGUUUCCUGAGCAGGACAUGUCCGGGGUCCUGAAGUUCCGACUGGUGUCCACAGACCUUGAAAACUGGAUGGAUGUCAGCCUGGUGCCUGCCUUUGAUGUCCUGGGGCAUCUCAGUUCCGACGUCAAACCUGACCCCCAGGUCUACUCCACCCUCCUCCACAGCGGCUCCCCGGGGGGCGAGCACGCGGCCUGCUUUGCAGAGCUGCGGAGGAACUUCGUGAACACUCGCCCAGCCAAGCUGAAGAACCUGAUCCUGCUCGUGAAGCACUGGUACCGCCAGGUGUGCCCGCAGGGGCCCAGGAAGGAGACCCCACCUUCCGUCUAUGCCCUGGAGCUGCUGACCAUCUUCGCCUGGGAGCAGGGCUGUGGGAAGGAUGCCUUCAGCCUGGCCCAGGGCCUCCGCACCGUCCUGGGCUUGGUCCAACACUAUCAGCAACUGUGUGUUUUCUGGACCAUCAAUUAUGGCUUCGGGGACCCUGCCGUCGGACAGUUCUUGCGGGAGCAGCUUAAGAGACCCAGGCCUGUGAUCCUGGACCCAGCCGACCCCACGUGGGACGUGGGGAAUGGGGCGGCCUGGUGCUGGGAUUUGCUAGCCCAGGAGGCAAGGUCCUGCUAUGACCACCCGUGCUUUCUUCAGGGCGCUGGGGGCCCUGUGCAGCCCUGGGAGGGGCCGGGCCUUCCACCUGCUGGGGGCUCAGGCUUGAGCCACCCCAUCCUGCGAGACCUUCACCAGAAGAGUCCUGAAGACAGCAAGAGCCUCUGUGCUGUGUACCCGAGGGCAGGGAGCAAGCCACACUCAUGCCCAGCUUCCCGGGAUUCAAGAGCAGCCAGCAACACCCCAUCCAAGCUGGGGCUGGCCUUGGAGCUGUCUCAGAUCCCCACCAAGGAGCUGGACCGCUUCAUCCAGGACCACUUGAAGCCGAGCCCGCAGUUCCAGGAGCAGGUGAAAAAGGCCGUUGAUGUCAUCUUGCGCUGCCUCCGUGAGAAGUGCGUCCACAAGGCCUCAACAGUCAGCAAGGGGGGCUCAUUCGGCCGUGGCACAGACCUCAGGGGUGGCAGUGAUGCCGAGCUCGUCGUCUUCCUCAACUGCUUCACUGACUACAAGGACCAGAGGACUCGCCGUGCAGAGAUCCUUGAUGAGAUGCGGGCACAGCUGGAAUCCUGGUGGCAAGGGCAGGUCCCUGGCCUGAGCCUUACAUUUCCUGAGCAGAAUGUGCCUGGGGUUUUGCAGUUCCAGCUGGAGUCCACAGCCCUGGAAAGCUGGAUGGAUGUUAGCCUGCUGCCUGCCUUCGAUGCCGUGGGGCUGCUCAAUCCUGGUGCCAAACCUAAUCCCCAGAUCUACUCAAGGCUCCUCCACAGUGGCUGCGAGGGGGGCGAGCACGCAGCCUGCUUCUCAAAGCUACGGAGGAACUUCAUGAACACUCGCCCAGCCAAGCUGAAGAACCUGCUUCUGCUCGUGAAACACUGGUACCACCGGGUUGCAACUCAGAACAAAGGAGAACAGCUGGCCUGUGGUGCCUCUCUGCCCCCAGUCUACGCCCUGGAGCUCCUGACCAUCUUUGCCUGGGAACAGGGCUGUGGGAAAGACCGUUUCAAUAUAGCCGAAGGCCUCCGCACCGUCCUGGGGCUCGUCCAGCAGAAUCAACAGCUCUGUGUCUACUGGACAGUCAACUACGGCAUGGAGGACCCAACUCUGAGGACGCACCUUCUAGGGCAGCUCCGGAAAGCCAGGCCCCUGGUCCUGGACCCUGCUGACCCCACUUGGAACGUGGGCCAGGGAAGUUGGGAGCUGCUGGCCCAGGAAGCGGCAGCGCUGGAGACACAGGCCUGCCUUGUGAAUAGAGACGGGACUCCCGUGCAGCCCUGGGACGUGAUGCCAGCCCUCCUCCAUCAAACCCCAGCCACGGACCUGGACAAGUUCAUCAGUCAAUUUCUCCAGCCCGACCGCCAGUUCCUGGCUCAGGUGAAUAAGGCCGUUGACACCAUCUGCUCAUUCCUGAGAGAAAACUGCUUCCGCGAUUCUGCCAUCAAAGUGAUCAAGGUGGUCAAGGGCGGCUCUUCAGCCAAAGGCACAGCUCUGCGAGGCCGCUCAGAUGCCGACCUGGUGGUGUUCCUAAGCUGCUUUGGCCAGUUCACUGAGCAGGGGAACAGGCGGGCCGAGAUCAUCUCCGAGAUCCGAGCACAACUGGAGGAAUGUCAGCAGAAGCGGCAGUUCGAGGUCAAGUUUGAGGUCUCCAAAUGGGAGAAUCCCCGUGUGCUGAGCUUCUCACUGACAUCCAAGACGAUGCUGGACCAUAGUGUGGACUUUGAUGUGCUACCAGCCUUUGAUGCCCUAGGCCAGCUGGUCCCCGGCUCCAGACCCAGCUCUCGAGUCUACGCUGACCUCAUCCACAGCUACAGCAACGCGGGCGAGUACUCCACCUGUUUCACAGAGCUGCAGCGGGACUUCAUUAUCUCCCGCCCUACCAAGCUCAAGAGUCUUAUCCGGCUGGUGAAACACUGGUACCGGCAGUGCAACAAGAUGCCCAAGGGGAGAGGCUCCCUGCCCCCGCAGCAUGGGCUGGAACUCCUGACAGUCUACGCCUGGGAGCAGGGUGGACAGGACUCCCAGUUCAACAUGGCUGAGGGCUUCCGCACAGUCCUGGAGCUGGUCACCCAGUACCGCCAGCUCUGCAUCUACUGGACCAUCUACUACAACACUGAGGACAAGAUUGUCCAAGACUUCCUGAAACUGCAGCUUCAGAAGCCCAGGCCCAUCAUCCUGGAUCCAGCAGACCCGACAGGCAACUUGGGCCACAAUGCCCGCUGGGACCUGCUGGCCAGGGAAGCUGCAGCCUGCAUGUCUUCCCUGUGCUGCACGGGCAAAGAUGGCACCCCUGUCCAGCCAUGGCCAGUAAAGGUUGCUGUGUGAGUCCAGACAAUCAGUUGUCAUACUGGAUGGACAGAAGAUAAACAUCAACCCGCGGCAUGAGGAGGCUCAAGGUCCCCAAGAUGAGCCUGUGUGUGUGUGUGUGUGUGUGUGUUCAUGAACCUUCUCCCCCAGCUUACACACCCUCCUACCUCCCGUGGCCUGCACACUGGGGUGUAGACUCCAUGGUAUGGCACCAACCUGCGUUUGCAUCUUCUCUAUCACCCCGUGAUUCUAUUCUUGUACCACGUUGCUGUAUCCCAUGCUGCGUCCCACCCCUGCUGAAUGCCCUCCUCCUCCCUGACUUCUCUCUGCCCAUCCAAAUUAGUC